UAAAUUGGCUGUACUAGCCAUGUUGGCUUAAUUACAAGUUGAUAAAAAUGUCAUUAAAUACAAUUUUAUAGUUGAUCAAGACACUACGCUAUAAACUUGUAUUCGGAUGUAGAACGCGGAAGGGCAAGAGUAAGAUGACGAGCUCCGAAAUGUUCAUAGAAAUAAACUAAUGUAACAAUCAAUUUUUGAAUAGGGUUAUAUAAUUUUGCAGAAGCAUUUCCAGCAGUUUUUUGAUCCCGAGGCAAAGUAAACUUAUUUGCAAUGGCUGUAUGUGUGACUUUUCUUGCCAUUGCACCCAAAUUAACAGUAGAGUGCACCUUGGAAACCUAACUAAAUGAAGUAAAGCAAGAAAAACUGUCAGUAAUUACCAAUUAGGCUCAUCAGAGCGAGAGCAUUUUAAAGCUAUAGAUUAUUCGGUAAUGCAGAAUGAUUUGGGAUACCUUGUGGAGAGAAAUGGCUUUGCAAAUACAUCAGAGAGCAAGAUAUGCAGCUGAGACUUCUUGAACCUCAGCAUUCUCCAAGUGGCAAUCAGGAUCAAGUGGCACAUCACCAUGGAGGAGGCACUCAGGGACGGCAGAACGGGAAGAAAGGCAGGGAUUGUGAGGAAUCAUGGGUAAUUUUAAGGGCCACGCCCUGCCUGGAAGCAUGUUCCUGAUGGUGGGCCUAUGGUGGGCGGGGAAGUCGUCCUUUUGGUAUGCCGCACGCAGAAAGAAGAGUGCAGGACUCCUGACCAGCAGGGCUGCUCAGCGCCGCCUGGAGGUCAUUGAGGGCGUUACCAUUUUGUCCUUCUCUGUGAUUGGGAUGCUGGCGGAACAGUUUGCUGCAGAUGGGCCACAGCUACAUCUCUAUGACUAUGCCGAGCAUCAGUGGGACCACCUGAUGAACUGGCAGCAUGCCACCAUGUACCUGUUCUUUGGCCUGGCAGGGGGCGUGUCUGUGGCCGUCCAUACCACUGGCUCUGCCCCGCUUGCCCUGGACCGCAUGCUGCUAGGCGUGGCAUUCUUCACUGAGGGGUUUCUGUUUUUGUACCACCUGCACGGGCGAGCCAUGCUGGACAUACACAUUCACCAGCUGCUGCUCUAUGCCAUCUUCGGAGGGGCAGCUACCGCUUUCCUAGAGGUCUUCCACAGGGGCAAUGUCUUACUGGAGCUGCUGAGAGCCUCCUUCUGUCUGCUGCAGGGCAGCUGGUUCUGGCAGAUUGCCUUUGUGCUUUACCCACCCAGUGGGGUGGCAGAGUGGGACCUGAAGGACCACAGCAACAUGAUGUUCAUCACCACGUGCUACUGCUGGCACUUUGCCUUCUCCCUGCUCACUGUGACUGUAGUCUACUGCACCGCCUGCUGGGUUGUACAUUCUAAGCUGAAGAGGACUCCCUCAAUGGAAAUGGGACUUUUGAAAACCACAGACAAGGAGCAGGAGUCCGAAGAUGAGAUCUAAUGGCUGCCCCCUCCCACCUCGCUCUCACAUACAAACACACUAAUGCGCACACACACACACAC